GUCCCAACGCCCGGCAAGAUCUCCGCGGGGGAAAUGCAGUCAGCAAUGAAAGUGUCUUCAGAACACACUCCCGGGCGGAGGGGAAGGAAGCCGGGCAGGAAAAGGAGGCAGGAGCUGCUUCAGUCGGCUUUUAAACUGGCUGCUGCCGCCUCUGCUCCAGCCAAAACAAUCCUCCCGCUGAAAAUACCCAAGAAGAGGGGACCGAAGCCUGGGAGCAAGAGGAAGUCCCGUCUUGCUGCACCAAGCCCACCACCAGUCUCGCCCACCUUCAGCACCCCAGAGCCCGACACCAGUUCAGUGCCUCAAGACGCAGCGAAUGUCCCCACCUCAGCAAUCUCACAGGCGCUGACAGUUUGCAUAUAUGUCAAGAAACAUGCCUGCCCCGGUCCACACCUGGACAAGAAGAAACUGCAGCAGCUUCCAGACCACUUUGGCCCGGCCCGGGCCUCCAUGGUCCUCCAGCAGGCCGUCCAGGCCUGCAUCGACUGCGCCUACCAGCAGAGGGCAGUCUUCUCCUGCCUGAAGCCGGGACAUGGCGGUGAACUAAUCUCAGCUUCCUUCGAUGGGGACCAGCACACACUGAAUCUCCCAGCUGUCCACAGUAUUGGCUUCAUCCUACGCUUCCUGGAGAACCUGUGCCACAGCCUGCACUGUGACAACCUCUUCAGCAGCCAGCCCUUCAGCAUCUACAAUGCAACCUCACAGAUCUCCCUGGACUACGAGAGUGACAGGAUGCAUCCAGGUACGGAGGGAGGAGCAAGCGUGGGUAUUGUCUCGUCCCCACCUCACCACAGAGUCGUAGAGUGCACCAGAAACCUGAGUACCGAUGCCAUCGAAGCGGAGAUACCGGAGGAUGUUCUCCUGGGGCCGGUGGAGAGCAGAUACGGCGUGGACUCUGCCGAGUGUCCCCUCCACUCCAUGGAGCGGCGCAGUCCGUCCGGGCGCAACGCUGGCGAUCACCGCAGCACCGGCCCGCUGGCCUACGCCUACCGCUCCGGCUACCAGCCCUCCAGCACGCCCCCCUCCGCUGCACCUCGACGCCUCUCACCCACCACCCCCACCCCCACCAGCUUCUACGACGGCAAGGACACAUUGAACACAGCUUGCAGUCCUGUCUUGGUGUCUGAGCGUCACACACUUGCCCAGGACUCUGUCCGGUUGUCCACGAGACAUCCCUCCACGUGGAGCGUUGAUGACGUGAUGCGGUUUGUCCGCGAAUCUGACCCUCACGCCCUGGCGCCGCACGCCGACCUUUUCCGAAAGCACGAGAUCGAUGGCAAUGCGUUGAUACUGUUGAAGAGUGAUGUGAUCAUGAAGUACAUGGGUCUGAAGCUGGGCCCGGCUCUAAAGCUGUGUUACCACAUUGAUAAACUGCAACAGAGCAAGCACUGA